AUGGAUCAUGAUCGGCGUGGGCGUGUGCGUGUGGCGAUUCGUAGCGAGGCAGUACCAGUGGCACGGGGAGCGGCAGGGGGAGCUGAGGCAAUGGUGCUCCCAACGAACCAUGGUGCUGGAGCAGCAGCUGCUGGCGCACACCGGGCAGACCCAGGCUUGGUGUCAUCCCUAGGUCACAUGACCGAGGACGGCCAGUGGGUGCUGGACACGUGUCUCUCUGAGAGGCGCUGGCUGGCGUAUCUCAGCCAAACCAAGUCCACCCGGCCUGGAGGCGCUGGGGCGUUUGCGUGUCUCUAUGUCACGCACGCUCAGAGGCGUGCAUUUGAGCGCAGCAACAACGCCUCUAUCACCGAUGCGUUCACCGCCCUGCCAUGCGUGCCAGCUCCGCUUUACUGCCCCAAGGUGCUGGACGUGGGCGGUGAGUGGGACGCUGCUCUCCUCCCAGACGCCCUCCAGGCCUUUCCCUCGGAGCUCUCUCUCGUGCGUGCCUCUGCCAAGGAGACAUUCACGCUGCCCUAUGCCACCACCGCCGCCACCAGCGCUGCUGGCUUGGGGGUGGUGUUUCCGGUGCUGCAGCAGCCUCUCCCAGCGUCCCCCUCGCAGCAGCAGCAGCAGCAGCAGGCACAGGCAGCAGUGGUGGGGGCAGUGACCACCACCAUCAACCUCACGGCCAUCGUGCAGAGUGUGCUCUCUGAGAUCUUCUCCUCCUCCACUCCGUCCGCACGCUCAGACCGAUCUUUCGAGCUCUACGACACGACAGACCCUGCCUCCCCACUCAUGCUCGCAGGCCCCACGCCGCUGCUUUUCCAGCCACAGCCCGGCCAGCCAGUCGCCCCGCUGCUGCCGUCGCCCCCCUCGGUGCUGCGUGUGUGGGAAAAGCGGGCAGUGGUGAACCUCACACUGCCGGCUGCUGGUCCCAGACGCUACCAAGUGUGGUGCAGAUUCACGGAGCCUCCGUCUCGGUUUGAAGAAUACGUAAUGCCGACCCUCUUCACCCUGCUCGUGCUGGCGCUGGUGGCGCUGGUGGCGGUGGUGGCCUGGCUGCAGCGGCGGCAGUACGAGCAGAGCAGGCGGGCCGCAGUGGAGGCGGAUGCGAUGAGGGGGGAGGCGGAGGGGGCGGAGAGGAGCAAGAGCUGCUUUGUCGCCAGUAUGACUCACGAGCUGCGCACUCCCAUGCUUGGCAUCAUCGGUACGGGGGGCAUUGUAGGUACGGUGGGCAUUGUAGGUACGGGGGGCAUUGUAGGUACGGUGGGCAUUGUAGCUCUCAAGGUGUUGAAGCUGGUGAACCAGGUGCUGGACCUCUCCAAGCUGGAUUUACUCACUUCCCCUGUCCCCUCCCCCCCGCCCAUCCCAGGGAUGCUAGACGUACUUUCAGACUCGUGCCUGUCUGACAACCAGCUCUCAGACUUGAGCACGGCGCGCUCGUCUGCUCUCAAGGUGCUGAAGCUCGUGAACCAGGUGCUGGACCUCUCCAAGCUGGAGGCGGGGAGGUUGCAGCUGGAGAUGGGCGGGUUUGACGUGCGCGCGUGGGUGGAGGGGGAGGUGGGCCGGCGAUGGGUGGAGGCGCAAGAGAGGAACGUGCACUUGGCAGCAGUGGUGGAUGCCGACGUGCCGCAGCAGCUCGUGGGGGAUCAGCUGCGCCUCGCCCAAACCCUUUCUCAAGUCAUGGACUAUGCCUUGUCAUUCACACCGCACGGGGGCUACGUGCUGGUUCGGGUGGCUGUGGCGGAUGUUGAAGUGCCCUUGACUCAGCUGGCUCAGUGGAACGCGUCCUAUGCAGCCGUCAGCAGCGCGAGGGUGACUACACUGAUAGGCUCAGACGGUGUGACGAUAAAAGGGGAUGCUGACACAGGAGCAGCGGCGGUUUGUGUUGCUGGUAGUGCUGGGCUGUGCAGUGAAGAGCAGAAACUUUGUCCACCUAUGCCUGCACGCAAUAGGCUCAAUAUGCGCAAACGGCCAGGAUAUGGCAGCAGUAGUGUAUGUGACUGUAGAGGAGUAGGACAGUGCAACAUCCGUGGUCCCUGCGUACGUGGUAACUGUACAGGCGACAUGCGUGGUAACCGUACUAUGGGUGGUCGUAAUAGCCAUACAGUCAAUGUGGAUGGUGACUGUGACUACAGAGGGGGGAGGGGAGCAGCAGCAGGCGGGGCGAUGCAGCUGGUGGUGACGUGUGAGCACAGCGGGUGUGACAACAGCGAGACCAUGAACGGUUUCACGUUCAGAUUUGAGGAGAUGCGCAGCCUGCAGGAGGGAGCUGAAGAAGCUGCGGCAAAGCUCAGCCUCGUGUUGGCUAAGCAACUGGUGACUCUAAUGAAGGGUGACAUGAGCUGCAAGGUCGACCCUGUUACAGGAACAGCUUUCACCCUCGCCGUACCCAUACUCUCUGCCCCACCACAACCUCCGUAUGGGAACGGAAACACGGAGAGCAAGCAUGCAGCGCGGGUUGAUUGCGGGGAGACCCAUGCGCCGUCUCGAAACAUCCAUGUGCAUGCGGAGGGUGACAAUGCAACACAGGUGGAUGGCAGGGAAAGCCGUGGGACCACAAUUCACGGCUGCAUGGGACGGGACGGCUCGAGCCUUUCUGGAGUGCUGGUGGUGGUGGCGGAUGGCCAGCCAGAGAGAGCAAAGCUGACUGCCCGUGUGUUGACGCACGUAGGAGCAUCUGUGCUGCUGGCGAAUGAUGAACAGGCAGCAGCUCGCUUCUUAGCUGGUUCUCACCCCGGCCAGCAACGAUCUUCCCAUUUCCACCCGCACCAGCACUUUGCUAAGUUGUGUGGGAAGCAGCUGGUGGUGGUGGUAAGUGGGGAGGCUGGCCUUAAGAGGUACCGUGAGGCUUUUUCUCAAUUGGUGCAACAGCAGCAGCAAGAGCAGGAGGAGCAGCAAGAGCAGCAGCAUCCGCCGCCACAGCAGCAAGAGGAACCCGAGCGGCAAAAGCAGAAUAUCGCAGUUGUGUGCAGCACAAGUGAUUGCAGGAGAAGCAGGUUGCACGACUGCAGUCCCUUGUGCUGCACGCCACUGCACAGCCCAGCCCUGUCUGGCAUCGUGGUGCUUGUAGCGAAAGGGGGGUGUAGCGAAGGGGCUGACGAGGACACGGAAAAUAGAAGGGGAGUUGUUGGUGGUGGAGAUAGCGGGGAGGAGCAGGGUGCAGGCGUGGCAGAUGGACAGCAACGUGCUAAUGGCAGUGAUUGCACUGCUGAUGCUGCUGCUGAAGCUGAGACUGAUGCUUGUUCUGAUGCUGGCUCUUUUUCUUUCCUCAAAAGUGCUGAUUGUGCCAAUGCUGGCGGUGCCGAUGCUGCUGCUGUCAACGUUGACGCUCAUGCUGCUGCUCAUGCCAACAGGCAGAGCGAUUCUGAAGAGGCGGCCAUGCAUGGCGAUUCCAGGGAGGAGGGUAUCGAUGGCCUUUGUAUCAGUCGACCAGAAAGCAGUAUCGAGGAUAGGGAUGAAAGCAAUAUUGUGGAUGGGCGUGAAAACAAAUUGAAGGAGGGAGGUGAAAGCACUCACGAGGAAGAGGGUGUGGGUGGCAAAGGCAUGGUUCCAGUGGUGCUGUGUCAGCGGCCUCUCUUCUCCCACCACCUGCUCUCUGCCAUUCAGACCAUACUCCUACACCAACACCGCCUGCUCCACAUGCCUUCUUCCCACCUAGCGGCAUCUCAGCCAGCAGCCAUCACUGCUACUGCCAACGUCACUGCUUCUGCUGCUGCUGCCGCUGCUACGGUGACUACAACGGCCCCUGUCGUUGGCCCGGCUGUCACCAUGGCAUCCCCAAGAACACCAGCUGUAGCACUCGCUUCGGCUGCAGCCUCUGCUGCUACAGCUGCCUCUGCUGCUACAGCUGCGUCUGCUGCUACAGCUGUGCCUGUUACUAUCCUCGCUGAUGCUUCCAGUGGUGGUAGCCUCGGCACUUGCAGUACUGACAGCAGAAAGAGGGUCUCAUUUGUGGACGGGGAGGGGCGAGGUGGAGGGCCCGCAGAGCGAGGGAGAGCAGGAGGAGAGGGAGCAGCCGUAGCAAGGGGAAGGGGAGUGGCAGCAGCAGCAGGAGAAGGAGGAGGAGAAGGAAAGAAUCUGCUAGCUGGGCUGAGAAUUAUGGUGGUGGACGAUGCGGCGGUGAAUCUGGUGGUGGCGCGCCGCACUCUCACUCGCAGCGGUGCCACCGUCGCCACCGCAGCCAGCGGGGAGGAGGCGGUGCAGCAAGUCAAGCACGCUAUGGGUCUGGGGGGCAGUGCAGCAGCGGUGGAUGGGCAUGUGGAUGUGGUGCUCAUGGACCUGCAGAUGCCGCUCAUGGACGGAUUCGCAGCCACAGAGGCCAUACGAGCACACGAACAAGCCCUGCUUCGUCAUCCCGCAUCCCCACCAGAAGACACAGCCAGGGCAGUAACAGGAGAGCAGCCAUCACACACGCAAGCGUCAGUCACCCCCACCAUCCCUCGGCUCCUCAUAGUAGCACACACAGCAGAUGUGGAUGGUGAAAUCACUCAGCGCUGCCUUGCGAGUGGCUUUGAUGGCGUCCUGCAGAAGCCUGUCGACCCGAAGCUGCUCUCGCAGCUGAUUUUGAAAAUCUCCAAAAUCUGA